GGCAGAGGGAGGGAGGGGUACUGAGACCGUCGCUGUCUGGAGCCGCUGGGGACACACGGAGCUGCCAAGGUCGGCUGAAGCGCUGCUCACACCUCGACUUCAACGGCACCACCCUCCGGAGGCGCGCCGAGACAAAGGGAAAGCGGAUGAUAUAAACAGCAAGCUGAGCUCCUCCGCCAGAGAAGAAACCAAAUGGGGAAUCUGUUAAAAGUGCUCACUUGCACAGAGCUUGAACAGGGGCCAAACUUUUUCCUUGACUUUGAAAACGCACAGCCGACAGACGGAGAGCGCGAGGUGUGGAACCAGGUGAACGCCGUCCUGCAGGACUCCGAGAACAUCCUGACCGGCCUGCAGGCCUACAAAGGAGCCGGGCAGGAGAUCCGAGAUGCCAUCCAGAACCCCAACGACCUCCUGCUGCAGGAGCGAGCCUGGAACUCCGUCUGCCCGCUGGUCAUCAAGCUCAAGAAGUUCUACAGCUUCUCUCUCAGACUAGAAGAGGCUCUGCAGAGUCUGCUGGAGUCCCUGACGUGUCCGCCGCUCACGCCCACCCAGCACCUGGAGCGCGAGCAGGCGCUGGCCAAGCAGUUCGCCGAGAUCCUCCACUUCACGCUGCGCUUCGACGAGCUCAAGAUGAGAAUUCCUGCCAUCCAGAACGACUUCAGCUACUACAGACGGACCAUCAGUCGAAACCGGAUAAACAACAUGAACCUCGACAUCGAGAACGAGGUCAACAACGAGAUGGCCAACCGGAUGUCGCUGUUCUACGCCGAGGCCACGCCCAUGCUCAAGACGCUCAGCACCGCCACCACCAACUUCGUGACGGAGAACAAGACUCUUCCGCUGGAGAACACCACAGACUGCCUGAGCACCAUGGCCAGUGUGUGUAAGGUCAUGUUAGAAACACCAGAGUACUCAAGCCGUUUCAGCAGCGAGGACACACUCCUGUUUUGCAUGAGGGUGAUGGUGGGAGUCAUCAUCCUCUACGACCACGUUCACCCCAACGGAGCCUUCAACAAGUCCUCCAAGAUCGACAUGAAGGGCUGCAUAAAGGUCCUGAAGGACCAGCCGGCUGACAACGUCGAAGGUCUGCUCAACGCUCUCAAAUUCACCACAAAGCACCUGAACGACGAGUCCACUCCCAAGAACAUCCGGACGAUGCUCCAGUAAUCUGUCCCGUUUCUCUCUUUUUUAUAUAUAUAUAAAUAUAAAUAUAUAAAUAAAUAUGAAGAGGAUCACGGCUCUGACCUCACAUAAGAUGUAUAUGUUUACAUUAUUUAAAAAGAAAGGACUCGAUGUGAAUACUCGUGUGUAUCUGCGUCGUCAUUCCCUCCAAGUGAGCAGAGCCUGAAGGAGAACCCGGCGGGGCGCCGGCAGCCUUACAACAACAUCCACAGCACGGAGAGAAACCAGGGAGGCAGCAGAAAAAUGUCUUUUAAUUCAUCUUCUUCAUACCAAUCCUCUUUGUUUCAAAGCUUAAUCUCUGUGGGGGUUUUAAAUUGUGUUUUUCUAUCACAGAUGAAGUCGUGUCGGUCAGUGUUCUCUCUCAGACGGGGAAGCUUCCUUUUGUGUGCGAAGGGCUAAAAACUCAGAACGGGUGACAGAAACCAGUGUUUUGUUUUGUUUUUUGUUUGUUUUUUAAUGCUUCAGCUCUUGUUUUUGUGUGAACCUGUUGAAAUGAAUCCACUGUGAACACAAAGUGUGAAAAGACAAUAAUGGAGAGAGAGAGAUGUCGACCUUGUACGUUUCUGCAAUCAGUCUGUUUUCUAUUUAACUUCAUUAGUGACGAAUAAAAGCUCCUGAGCGACGGUUUUUACCAUCUUUGUCCAGUUUUUCUGACUUAAUUCCGUAUUUAAGAUUCUGAUGCGUUACUAUAUGCAGGACUGUGAUCGCCAUGGUAACCGGUAUCAGUAUUUCCUUUAUUUCCAAUUCAAAAGUGCUACUGGUGCUGUUUUAGAUCGAAGUUAAUGAUUAGUGCCUUCAGAGUAUAACAAUAAAAGAAUAAAAUUAUUUGUACAAUGCUUAGAGAUCAUGCAUUUUUCCCUUUAAGCACUUCUUUCUGGAAGAAAACAUUUCAAAACAUGAGAACGUGACUGUUGUUUUUAGCAGAGUUGAGCCAUGAUCUUCCUGAACUUCGCACACUGAUGGACAUGAAACCAUCAUCUCAACAGAUCCGAGUCACAACUGACCCAGAAGCAGUUCUAAACUGGUUGAACACUUUUUAAUGUGUUUCAGGUGUUUUGACUGCUGUGAUGAUCAAACAGGUAAAUUAUGUUUCAAACACACCAUGUAAAGGAAAAAAAAGAACCAAAUUCAAACCGUUUGGCUUCAUAAACUUUAGGAAAUACUGAAUGGAUCAAAAUGGCACACACGUUUGUUUUUUUUCAUUAUAAAUCAGGAAGAGUUGCUGCAAGUUGUUUCAGGUUGAUAUGAGCAAUCACACCUUCAACCACUGGAGGGCGUCUUACAUCCCAAAUAUUAACAUUCAACAAAGUGUUGAUUUGCAGAAACGAACAACGUCAGUUAUUCCUCCACAAGUCCGAGCUCUUGUAAAAGGUUUCAUCAAUUCUGCCCAAUCGAACGCUUUUUAAUGUGAGAAUAAAGUAUUUUCCAGAUUAUCUUUCUGGUCAAGUGACCUAAAUAUUAAAACUAUACCAUCUGAGGCCACUAGAUGUCUCAGUGAGACAACAGAAUGAUGCUACAGGGCCAACUGGUAGCCUCCAGGAAGACUGCAUUUCACUUAAAAUGUGAAAAAAAAACACUUAUUGUUUUAAACUCUGGAGUAAUUUUCAGCAAAAGGCCAAAAAAUUAUUUUCUUCAAGUAGAAGAAAAUUUAGUAAAUCAUUUCUAAGUUUAUAAUUUAAAGUAUUUCAAUCAUAUCCAGGUAAAAAAAAAAUUCAACUUUUCAUGUGUUUUUCUUCAUUCCAGCUGCUGUAAACUCCCCUCAAUAUCUCACAAACAUAAUGUUCCAGCUUCUGAAUUCACUUUGGAUCAAACUGAUGAAGGAAAUCAGCUUCAGUCGUGAUUUACUGAUCGUGUCGGCUGCUGUUCUGAAACUGGCUUUUCCCUCUUUCCUUCAGUUUUUCGAGAGAAACAACUGGACAAUCCACGCUCGUGUAUUAUUUUCUAUAAGUUUGUUCCGAAAACCAGAGAAAAACAGAAACACCUGGGGACCAGUUAAGACAUUUUAUCGAUGUAAAUUCUUUUUUAAUGAGUUAACCAUCGUCCUUUGGUUUUCUCUGAACUUCACCAUGUUUGGUUUGAGGCGGAUUAAAACGUCAGGAAAGCACAACAUUGCCUUAAAAAUGGACAUCGACAAAAAAAAAAAUGAAGCACAUUUGAAUCUAAUAUCAAGUGCAAUUACUCC